AUGAAUAUAACUCAAGAUUGAUUCCCUCGUGUUCAAAAGUAACAUAAUACAACAUGAAAGAGGCCAGACUAAAAGCUUGGCCAGCAAAAAUGUCAGGACCAUAUGGAAUAUCAGCAUCGCGAAAGAAUGGCACAAGAGACCAGCAAGAUUUCAUGGGAGAAGGAGUUAUAGAAACUCCAGGCUUCUCUCCUCUCCAAAUGAUCGUUAUCCUGUCCUUGAAGAGAAAAGGAGGAAAAGAUGGUCCCAGUGUUCCAAAGAUGAGCUUCAAGGACUUGAAGAGUUAAACAGAAAUGGAGGGUUCUGUCUUCAUUCUGCUGACUCAAACCACAGAUUCCAAAGAAAGGAGGGAGAAGUGGAAUAAAAUACUCAAGUGCCAGAGGAAAAUGUCAGACUAGUCAAUGAAAAUUACUAUUACUAAACUGUAGACUCCUGAUUUUUACAUAGUGGGGAGAACUAAAUACUGUGUAUCUGAAGCUUAUAAAACAGCUUUUGCAGACUUUCCUUGCUGAACUUCAAGUGGGCUAAAUAAAAACCCCAUAACUAUUCCUAUUAAGACAUGGAAAUAUGAUUCCUUGCUCAUGUCUCCCUUCUUCCCCUUUCAUGGGUUUUUGUUUUCUUUGGGGUGGGACAUCCUGAACAAAUUGUUUGGCAUCAGCCAUGCUUACAGUUGAUGGUCAUGGAUGACAUAGGAACUUCAGAUUUAUGUCUCUAAUAACACAUGAUUAAGGCAACGGUUAAAAACUGCUUAUAUGCUGCUAUAUCAGAACUUAUAUUAACUGUUGCAGUCAUGCUUUCAUUCAGUUUCUAAGAUUCGGACCCAGGGGGAUGUUCCCAGAAGGGUACGUGCAGAGAAGUCCUCUUUUUCGAUGGGAAGCGGAAAUAUUGUAAGGAUGCCUAGAAGAGGCUUAAUAAUUCAAGCCAGAACUCGUUGGCUGUUAGUGGGUCUGGCCUUACUGUUCAGUUUAAUCUUGCUCAUGUACUUGCUGGAGUGUGCCCCACAAACAGAGGGUAAUGGAUCUCUGCCCGGGAUCGUAGGCGAGAACAUGGGUAAAGAAUACUAUCAAGCCCUUCUGCAGGAACAAGAAGAGCAUUACCAAAACAGAGCUACCAGUCUGAAACGUCAGAUUGCCCAGCUAAAGCAAGAGCUUCAGGAAAUGAGUGAUAAGUUGAAAACCCUGCAGGAGAAAAAGAGCCCCAAGAUCAACAGUAUGAACUACCAGGGCACAAAAGAACAAGCAUCUAACGAUCUCCUAGAAUUUCUUCAUUCCCAGAUUGACAAAGCUGAGGUGAGCACAGGGGCUAAACUGCCUAGUGAAUAUGGCGUCGUGCCUUUUGAAAGCUUUACGUCCAUGAAAGUAUUCCAGUUAGAGAUGGGGCUCACUCGACAUCCAGAAGAAAAACCUGUUAGAAAGGAUAAACGAGAUGAAUUGGUCGAAGUUAUUGAGGCUGGCCUGGAAGUUAUCAAUAAUCCGGAUGAAGAAGAUGGGCAAGAUGAGGAUGACGGAGUAGGAGAGAAGCAGCUGUAUAAUGAAAAUGAUUUCAUAGAAGGUUACUAUCGUACAGAAAGAGAUAAGGGGACACAGUAUGAACUGUUUUAUAAGAAGAUGGAUGGCAUGGAAUACAGGCAUGUCACGUUGUUCCGACCUUUUGGACCACUCAUGAAAGUGAAGAGUGAAACAGUCGAUAUUUCUAGAUCAAUCAUUAACAUUAUUGUUCCUCUUGCUGGAAGAACUGAGGCAUUUGCACAAUUUAUGCAAAACUUUAGGGAUGUAUGUAUUCAUCAGGAUAAGCGUGUUCAUCUCACUGUGGUAUAUUUUGGACAAGAUGGACUAUCAGAAGUAAAAAGCAUCCUAGAGUCUGUAGCUAGAGAAACUAACUUCCACAAUUACACACUUGUCUCUUUGAAUGAGGAAUUUAACCGUGGCCGGGGACUUGACAUGGGUGCCAGAGCUUGGGAGAAGGGCGAGGUCCUGAUGUUCUUCUGUGAUGUUGAUGUUUAUUUCACAGCUGAGUUCCUGAACAGUUGCCGCUUGAAUGCUGAGCCUGGAAAAAAGGUUUUUUACCCUGUGGUAUUUAGCCUCUAUAAUCCUGCUAUAGUCUAUGCCAACCAAGAUGUACCACCCCCUGUGGAACAGCAGUUGGUACACAAGAAGGAUUCUGGUUUCUGGCGGGAUUUUGGCUUUGGGAUGACUUGUCAAUAUCGGACAGACUUUCUGACUGUUGGGGGGUUUGACUUGGAAGUGAAAGGCUGGGGCGGAGAGGAUGUUCACCUUUACAGGAAGUACUUGCAUGGUGACCUUAUUGUGGUGAGGACACCAGUCCCAGGUCUCUUUCACCUCUGGCAUGAGAAACAUUGUGCAGACGAACUGACUCCGGAGCAGUAUCGCAUGUGUAUCCAAUCCAAAGCCAUGAAUGAAGCAUCUCACUCGCACCUUGGCAUGCUGGUCUUCAGGGAGGAGAUUGAGACUCAUCUCCGCAAACAGGCUUAUAGGACUAACAGCGAAGCAGUGGGUUAAAUGGAGCCCUGUGUCAGGGUGAAGAUGACUACUUCAAAUUCACAAUGAACCAGCAUCAUUUUACAGCCUUAAUUCAGCUUAAAAAUGCAGUGCCUCUCUUUUUCAGUAAAGAAGAGUUUAGGGGUUUUUUGGUUCUUAUUUUUGUUUUAUAAGUAAUUCUUUGACUGAUAUGCUAUUACCUACAUAUCUUACCAGUUCCAGCACCUGAAAUAAGAAUCCAAGAAGCUUAUGUAGUUCAAGGAAAGUGUCUUCAGUAUUGAUUGGGAAAACACAUCAGUGGAAUGUAGAACUCAACACUUUUCCACAUGGUACAUUGUGAUUCUUAUAUCUGCAUUAUUUUAUGGAUUAAAUUAUAUCCUUUGUGUUGUCUCAAAGUAUUUUCAGUCUUGUAUGGCUCACUGCACUCUGCCUUUAGAGGGCUGCUAUAUUUACAUUCCACUGUAGAAACAAGACAAAAGUGUGGAACAAGAAAAGUAUGGAAAAGAAUCUCGGUGUAAAAGGUAUACAGGAUAUGCUGAUUGAUACUGUAACUCUUCAGACUGCUGACUUCACAGCAGUAGCUUGGUGCUGUAUUUCCUGUAUUAACAGACAUUCACAUUGUUGAAUAUGAAGUAAUUUAUGUGAAAGGAGGGAAAAUGAAAAUGUAACGUGAAUUUUUAAAGCAUUUAAUGCAGUUUCAUACUGUAAAAGAAUACCACUUUCUUGCUGAUGGGUCAAGCAAUUCCAGUUUUGUUUCUGGGUCUAGUCUUUUGCCACAGUAGACACUGUGUCUUAGGCUCUUUUCUUUUUUUUUCUUUUUUUUUUUUUUUUUUAACUGAGCUGAGCUGUUAAACAAACUCGGUUGCUUAAGGAUAUUUAGCCUCACUACUCCUUCUUGAAAGGUCCUGCCUGUACCUCUCAGCCUUAAAAGUUGAGAAACUAUCUUUUCACUUCAAUACACAUUUGCUGCUAUGCCCAUACUGCCCCUUUGCUCUCUUCAUCUGACAUUUUCGUGGCAUGUUUUUAGAAAGCAGUCAUAGACUGUUAGCUGUUUCACUAGAUGGAAAAAGCAAGUGCUGUUACAAUCUUUCUUCACAGGGUACACUUCAUUCCACGGAUAAUCCUGGUAGCCUUAUUCUUCACUGUUUCAAUUUGAAUUAAUUUUUUUGAACAGGCACAAACAGAGUUAUACAUAGUGUUUCAUGUGUGGUCUCAUUAGUGCCUUGUACAAUGGCACUACUAUUUCCCUACUUUCAGAUAUUCCAGGGUACACAAACAGCUAAAAUGCAGGCAGGGCAUUUUUCUCCAUGUUGUCUUAUAUGCUAACAUAUGGCAUGCCUCUUUUUUGUAUCUUUCUUUUUAAAAUGAGUGUUGAGAAUGCUGAUUCAGUAGUUGAACCAUUUGUGUGGUCUCCACUGAAUUUAGAAGGCAGUUAAAAUCCUUCUCUUAGCUAAUUAAGAUCUGUUUAUCAAUUUGGUUUGUUUCACAAAUUCUGAAGGCAAUUAAGAGAUUUAAAUGUUUGAUUUCCAAAUAGCAGAUAUGCUAUACAAAUAGUUCUGGCACCGAUCCUUUUUAUGUGUACAUAGAAUUUGCCUUUAUGUAACUUAUUGUGGAGAGCGGUGUACUGUAUUGUACUUAAAGCGGAGGGAAUGCAUUGCAAGACAUCUUGCAAAUGAUAUUCUCUGUAUAAUAAAUGAAUGUCUGCAUUUUAGAA